GGAGCCGUCUCUGGGGUCGGCGAGGCUGCCACCUUCUGUGACAGCUGGCCCCUGGACUAUGCCGUCCAAGCCGGCGGGCCUGGGGCACUCAGAGGCGGUGCCCGAGCAGCCCACCGCCCAUGGGCAUCUGCAGCCUGAAGGCAGAAUGCUCAAGGGGCAGCUUCCAAGGACAGACGGAGACCUCGCCUCUUGCCCGGAGCCCCUGCCCACUGACAGCUGUCAAGGCCCAGAGAACAGUGCAGUGCUCCCUCCGAACAUUCCAGCCAACAUCAGCAGUGAGAACCCACAAGCUAAGACAAAACCCUUGACCCCAAAGCCGCCGACGAGGCCCAGGCUGGAGCGAGCGCUGUCUCUGGACGAGAAGGGCUGGAGGAGGAGGCGUUUUCGAACCAGCCAUGAGGACCUGGCCGCCCGGAAUGGGGCCAGCCCCUCCAGGGCCUCCUCCCAGGAGGAGGCCCCCGGGCCCUCCUCCCCUAGUUGCCCCCCACCCUGCCUGAGCACCUCCUUGCAGGAAAUCCCCCCUUCCCGCAGGGCCCCGGGUGGUAGCCCCUCCUCGUGGGGUAACUGUCUUUCCGGAAUGAUCAGCACUUCCCUGGACCUCCUGCACCGGGAUGGGGCUGCGGCCGGAAGCACCCCCAGGCUGGCCAGCGUGCUUCCCCCACGCCCAGCGCCUGCCAUGGACCGGAACAUGGUCUCCAACUCCCUGCGGACAGCCAACAAGGUGGACCCAGAUCACGCCGACUACAAGCUCCGCCUGCAGACCAGGCUGUUCCGGGCCCACAGCAGCCUGGGCCCCGGCCGGCCCCCGAGCCCCCUGGCCUGCGAUGACUGUUCCCUUCGCUCGGCCAAAUCCUCCUUCAGCCUCCUGGCGCCCAUCCUCGCCAAGGACGUCCGGAGCAGGAGCUACCUGGAGGGGAGUCUCCUGGCGAGCGGGGCCCUGAUGGGGGCGGAGGAGCUGGCCCGGUACUUCCCAGACCGGAACAUGGCCCUCUACGUGGCCACCUGGAACAUGCAGGGCCAGAAGGAGCUGCCCCUAAACCUGGACGAGCUCCUGCUGCCCGCCGAGGCCGACUACGCCCAGGACCUAUAUGUCAUCGGGGUCCAGGAGGGCUGCUCUGACAGGCGGGAGUGGGAGACGCGCCUGCAGGAGACGCUGGGCCCACACUACGUCAUGCUCUACUCGGCGGCCCACGGGGCGCUUUACAUGUCCGUGCUCAUCCGCCGGGACCUCAUCUGGUUCUGCUCAGAGGUGGAGAGCUCCACGGUGACCACGCGCAUCGGGUCCCAGAUCAAAACUAAGGGCGCCCUGGGUGUGAGCUUCACCCUUUUCGGCACCUCCCUCCUCUUCAUCACGUCCCACUUCACCUCCGGAGACGGGAAGGUCAGCGAGAGGCUGGUGGACUACGCCAGGACCAUCCAGGGCCUCGCCCUGCCCAAGAACGUGCCGGACACCAGCCCCUACCGCUCCGACUCUGCGGACGUUACCACCCGGUUCGACGGAGUCUUCUGGUUUGGAGACUUCAACUUCCGCCUGAGUGGGGGGCGCGUGGCCGUGGAGGCCAUCCUGAAGCAGGACCUGGGGGCGAACGUGCCGGCCCUGCUGCAGCACGACCAGCUUACCCAGGAGAUGAAGAAAGGGUCCAUCUUCAAGGGCUUCCAGGAGCCGGACAUCCACUUUCUCCCGUCGUAUAAGUUUGACAUCGGGAAAGACUCCUACGACACCACCUCCAAGCAGAGGACCCCCUCCUACACGGACCGGGUCAUGUACCGGAGCCGCCACAAGGGUGACAUCUGUCCCGUCGAGUAUUCCUCCUGUGCUGGGAUCAGGACGUCCGACCACCGCCCCGUGUACGGCCUGUUCCGAGUGAAAGUGAGGCCGGGGCGGGACAACAUUCCGCUAGCUGCUGGCAAGUUUGACCGAGAACUGUACUUGAUAGGAAUUAAAAGACGGAUUUCCAAAGAGAUUCAGAGGCAGCAAGCACUGAAGAACCAGCACUCCAGCACUGUCUGUACCGUUUCUUGAGGAAGUUUGCGCGGGAGGGUUUGUCACCUACAGCCUGGGAGGAUUUCUGAUCCCAAAGCCGUGGCAGACGGAAGAGGUUGCAGUUCGGGGCGUCUUGCCCUUUUUGGGGUGUGGUG